CAAAGCAUUUUACGCGUACCUAUCUUAAAUACGAUAUCUGUUUAUCCAUUAGAUACAUUUUGUUGUGUGGGUGUGUAUUGCACGACAAAUUAUCUCGACUGCGGCAUCUUGAAAAGAUGCUAUUGUAGAACUAUUUGCAACGCGGUAGGAUAUGUGAUGUAUACCUAGUCUUUUUUUUCGCUGUCGGAAGCCAUGAUGGAAGUUUGAGAGUUUAGCAGGAGAGAAACGAGAAAAGGAAAAGGAUUUUGUCAGGAAAAAUCCCUGAAAAUUCGUUUUAAGAUUCUUUUAAACCUACAUAUAUAGCAUAUUUUAUUUUUAAAGGUGGAGGCUGUCAAUUUUUUCUGUACUGACUGGCAUUUGAACGACGAGGAUUGCUCGGUUGGAGGGCUUUGGAUUUUAAAAAUAUAGCUAGCUAUGUAGCUAGCUAGCUAGCUACGUGUGUGUGCUGAGAGAGAGUGUGUGUGUCUGUCACAGUAUUCUGGGUUAGGAAUCGCUGGAGAGGGUUUCUCUCCACUUUUUCGACUCAACCACGGCGGCUGCGGCAGAUUCAGAGACUUGGGCCGUUUUUAAACCGUUACAGUUCGGAAGCUGGAGAAUUGUGUACCUUUUCACUUGGGGCAUUUCUGGACGGAUUGCAGGAUCGUGGAAGCCGGGCCUGUGGAGGAGCCGAGUGAGGCCCUCCUUUAUGAUCCAGCAGCAGAAGCCAUUCUAAUAGUCCACAACGACAACUAGUGACGGCAAGGGGACUGCAAAGCGAGAGAGCAAAAGGGAGAUCGACCGACAAAGGCAUUUCAAAUCAAGGCAACAAUACUUUCUUUUAAUUUAAAAACCCUAAAGACUCCUGUCACAGCGAUGGCUGCAAUCAUAAAGGAAAUUGUCAGCCGAAACAAAAGGAGAUACCAGGAAGAUGGGUUUGACUUGGACUUGACCUAUAUUUAUCCCAACAUUAUCGCUAUGGGCUUUCCUGCUGAAAGACUUGAGGGUGUCUACAGAAACAACAUAGAUGACGUAGUACGGUUUCUGGACUCGAAACAUAAAAAUCAUUACAAGAUAUAUAAUCUAUGCGCAGAAAGACAUUAUGAUGCUGCCAAAUUUAACUGCAGAGUUGCACAGUACCCCUUUGAAGACCACAAUCCCCCCCAGCUAGAACUUAUUAAACCUUUCUGUGAAGACCUUGACCAAUGGCUGAGUGAGGAUGACAAUCACGUUGCGGCGAUUCACUGUAAAGCUGGAAAGGGACGUACGGGUGUCAUGAUUUGUGCUUACUUGCUACACCGAGGUAAAUUCCUAAAAGCACAAGAAGCACUAGACUUUUACGGUGAAGUCCGGACCAGAGACAAGAAGGGAGUGACGAUUCCCAGUCAGAGGCGCUAUGUCUACUACUACAGCUACCUGCUGAAAAACCAGCUGGAGUACAAACCAGUGGCAUUGCUGUUUCACAAGAUGGUGUUUGAGACGGUUCCCAUGUUCAGUGGAGGAACGUGCAGGGAUACUGCUGUUAAAAACAAGAGUGAGCAGAUUCCACAUGGGUUCAGAAAAGGGAAUUGGCACUGGGAUCCGCAGUUUGUGGUGUACCAGCUGAAGGUGAAGAUCCACACCUCCAACCCGGCACACACAAGGCGCGAAGACAAGUACAUGUUCUUUGAGUUCCCACAGCCCCUGCCCGUGUGCGGUGACAUCAAGGUGGAGUUCUUCCACAAGCAGAACAAGAUGAUGAAGAAGGACAAGAUGUUCCACUUCUGGGUGAACACCUUCUUCAUACCCGGACCAGAGGAGAACUCGGAGAAAGUCGAAAACGGGAGCUUGGUGAAAGAGCUGGAUGGGAUUCAAAGCGCAGAGCGCGGAGACAACGACAAGGACUACCUUAUCCUGGCAUUGACGAAGAACGAUCUGGACAAAGCGAAUAAAGACAAAGCCAACAGAUACUUCUCUCCAAACUUCAAGGUGAAGUUGUACUUUACUAAAACUGUGGAGGAGCCGUCAAACUCGGAGGCCAGCACUUCAACAUCGGUGACUCCGGACGUUAGUGACAAUGAACCCGAUCACUAUAGAUACUCAGACACCACUGACUCUGACCCAGAGAACGAACCCUUUGAUGAAGAGCAACACACACAGAUAACAAAAGUCUGAAAUAUUUUUAUGGGAAGAAAAAAAAAAUAAACCAGAGAAAAAAAGGAGAAAACUUGAAUAUGAACUGAAAGCAAGUACCUUUUUUCCAGACGGCAGUAGGACAUUCGUGUCAUGUAAAAUGCCACCAGUUUUCGGAACAAUACUCCUGACCAAUUUUCUUUUGCCCCGUACAUCCGCAAGGUAUUGACACUGUUGCCCAGUGGAAAAAGGUUCAGUAGCUGUUAUGUAUAUACCUUUUUGUGUCAAAAAUAAAAAAGACAAUGGAAAAAAAAAGUACCACAAUCAGGAGAUGGGAGAUCAGGUAUGGGAGAAAUUAGAUUGAGAUCUAAAUUUUGCUGCUCCAUCUCCUGUUGAAACCAAGGCCAGUGCUUCAGUCACUUUCCCCCGCCCCUUCCCCCUCUUGCCUCCACAGCUCUCCGCCCC